AUGCAAGAACAGUAUGUGUCACUCUACAGACGCAUACUGGCACAGCGCCAACACGAGUAUGAUGCAUCACUCUUGAAGGGAGACUACACACCGUUCCUGUAUCCGUGGGAUUGCCUACCGAUUGUCUACCUGCUGCUGGCUCUGGCUCUGACCCCUCGACUCCGACUGGGCAUUGCCAGGCCUGUCAGAUGUAUUGUUUUUGGGGCGAUCGUUCUGCAUAGCAUUUACAUCUGCCAGCAUCGACGGACUCUAUGGUGUGCCGGCGGCUAUGGCAUUGGGUUGUGUCUAGCCUGGGGAGCAAUAAUGUCGUUUACAUUGUUGAUUUGCAAUGAUGUGGGCCAGGAUUUCUGGAGGCUCGAGCUGCGCCAUACGGUCUCCCCACCACAGAAAGACCAAAGAAAUGGGGAUGCAAUCGCCAUGGACAAAUUCAAGAGCCUUCCACAUGUGGACCUGAUGAGACGCAAGAUAUACAGUGUCCAUGCAUCGACCGGUGUUUGCGAAAACGCUGUCACCGCGCCCGAGGAGCCGGCUGUCAGGCCUUAUCGAUUGGUCUGGCAAAGCUUCCCUGGGCACGGCGAUCUAAUUCAUCUGCUUGAUUGGAUUGUGGACUUGACGACCGCGUUUAGAGGAGUCAGCUGGAGCCAUCGGAUUCCUAUUCUUGCACCCAUUGACUCUCCGAACUCCCCUAUGCCUGGAUCUGGCCAGAAAACACCGAAUCGCCCAGCAAAAGCGACCUCGAUCCCAAAACAAACUCUACGAGCGCUUCAACGUCAAGCACUUAAGGAAUUUUUCACCAGCUAUAUCCUUCUAGAUCUUUUGAAGACCACAAUGGUGACAGACCCAUACUUCCUGGGGUUGGAGGACCUAAGAUCUCCUACCCCUUGGAACUGGCUGAGGAAGUUGACGCAGAACGUCCCCAUAGCCACUCGCCUGGUGAGGUUGAUCAUGUCGAUGGCUGGGGUGGUGUUUGCGUUGACACUUAUCUUCAGCCUCAGCCCCCUAUUUUUUGCUUUGAUACUUCCUUCAGCAAUCGAUAUUUCCAGGAUCACGAAAUCCCCCUUGCUUGAACCCUGGAUGUACCCUGCACAGUGGUAUCCCUUGCGUACAUCGGUUUUGCACAGCGGACUGGCCGGGUUCUGGGGAAAGUUCUGGCAUCAGAUGUUCAGAUACGGCAUCUCGGAGCCGUCAAGAGUGGUGAUCAAGAAUCUCAAGCUUGAGCGUGAUGGAAAUACAGCUCGAGUGAUACAACUGGGGAUCGCGUUUACACUUUCGGGGUUCCUCCAUGCCGCAGGAAGCUAUACAUCAUUCUCACUGCGACAGACGCAUCCUGUGCAGGGACCAUUACUGUUCUUUCUGCUCCAAGGGUUUGGGACGAUUGUCCAAACAAACAUGGUAAGGGCAUUACACAAGCACUUCCCAUUAGCCAAAACCUCGCCGCCAGUGGUUGGGCAAACAAUCAAUAGUCUGGUUGUGCUCGGUUGGCUCUACUUCACUGGGCCUCUGCUUGCCAACGACUUUGCUCGGUCUGGGAUAUGGCUCCUCGAGCCGGUGCCUGUCAGCAUCUUGAGAGGGGUUGGAUUUGGGCCUGGAGGAAAAGAUGAGGGGUGGUGGACAUGGUACCAGGAAGGGUCCAAAGGUGUUGGGUGGUGGACAGGAGAUGUGGUUUGGAGGACCGGGCUGGGAUUCUAUUAGUAGAUGGGGAGUCUUGGUUGGAUCUAAGGAUUGCCUAGAAGAAUGCCUUGUCAAUUCUUGAUAUUGCGGUCAUGGCUGGAAUACUUUACUUUUCAUCUUAGC